AUGCGGGAGGAGGAGGAUGACACCACCGCCGCCGCCGCCGCCGCCAAUCCGGCCAGGAGCUCGCGCGUUUUCGCGGCCAAGUCCGUAGACGUGGCCGAGUGUGACGGCGUGAAGGAGCACGCGCCCAAACUGUGUGGCUACCUGAAUAAACUGGUAGGCAAAGGGCCUCUGAAGGGAUUCAAAACGCGCUGGUUCAUCUACGACCCGAGGAAGUGUUACUUAUAUUACUUCAAGACUCCUCAGGACGCUCUUCCUCUCGGCUACAUCGAAAUCGCCGACGCCUCUUUUACCUACGAUGUGGAAGGAGAAGAGGGACUGUUUGAGAUCCGAACCGCGGGCAAAGAGUACCUCCUGAAGGCACCCAGCAGGCAGGUGAUGCAAUACUGGCUCCAGCAGCUUCAGCAGAAACGAUGGGAGUUCAGUAACACACGAGGAUGUGGCAACCGAGACAGCGUGUGCUCCCCCACCUUGCUGUUUCCUCACACAGGACUAGUGGCCAAAGAUGCUGAUGCCAUGUCCCCUGAGCUACCUAAUGAAACUAUGGAGAGCGCACGCAACGAUUUCACAGAGGAGGCAGACGCUAACGGAUUGGUUGGACUCCAGACCGCAAGGCAGACAACACACAAUUUUUCCUUUCGACAACUGGGCACUGAGCUGAGGAACAGUAUGUCUCACUUGCGGCCCAACCGAGGAGGAGAGAGUAGACGCAGUGUGUUUUAUACACCCAGCAACGAGGAGUGGGAGAUGGUGGAUCCCCCCACUAAGGACACUUCAGAACAGAAAGCUCCAGCUGAGAGUCAGCGCCGUGAGAGCCCUUCACACCUCCACAGACACUCCAUCGGAACAGCGUUCACGUUUGAUUUCCGGAACCCGUCGCGCAUUAAGCGUCCGUUCCAGACGAGCUUGGUGAAAUCGGGCCGCAGUGCAGAGACGUCGCCGGUGGAGUGUAACGGCAGUAAAGCGGUGGAGCUGCAGCUGCGUCUGCAGAGCCAGCAGGAGGAGAUGAGGCGCAUGCAGGAGGAGCAGAACCACCUACAAGAGGAGCUCAGCAGUCAGAAGGAGCUGGUGCGUCUCCUCCAGCAGACUCUGAGGACUGCUCAGUGUGAGCGCUGGUCAGGGGAGAUGGACAUGGCUGGGGCAAUAACUGAGCGAGACGGCCAGAUCCAGGCUCUGUGUGGUCACAUGGAGAGACUGGCACUGGAGAAAGAGAGCUUGCAGCAGGAGCUGAAGGGGCUGAAGAUCAAAGUGGGAGAGAUUAACGAUCAGUUAGGCAUGCUGAUGGAGACCAUCCAGGCCAAAGACGAGGUCAUCAUGAAGCUGUCACAGCAGAGCCAGGAAGGGAGCAGCGAGGCUGUCGAGUGCAGCUCUCCUGCAGCACGGGACCUGCAAGAGCUCCAGCAACUGAGGGACAGACUUCAGGGCUACAAAUCCCAGAAUAAUUUCCUGAACAAAGAAAUCCUUGAAUUGACAGUGUUACGAAGGAAUGCUGAAUCUAGAGAGAAGUUCCUGGAGGCGAAGUACACUGCUCUGGAAGCCAAGCUGUGCCAGGUGGAGAGUAAGUACCUGGUGCUCCUGCAGGAGGUAAACACUCCGGUGUGCUCCUCAUCUGAGCAGAGUCCAAGCGGUGAUGUCAUAUCUAGGCUACUGGAGGAUGCUCUGGAGGUGGAGAGUUCUGAUCAGCAGGAGCACAUGAUUCUCAAGCCCCAUCCUGUCAGUGAGUACGAUGUGUAUGGCUUUAAAACCGUUCCGGAGGAGGAGGAUGAGGAAGAGAAGCUGGUAGCCAAAACUAGAGCUCUAGAGCUCAGGUGUCUCUCUCUGACUGACCAGGAAGUGUCCGUUGGGGUGAAGUGGGAAAACUACUUGGCUAGUACCGUAAAUAGGGAGAUGGUGCGCUCACCUGAGCUGAAGUCGUUGAUCCGCAGUGGCGUGCCUCACGUGCAUCGCUCCAAAGUCUGGAGUUGGUGUGUUAACUUCCAUGUGAAGAAGAUCCGCGAUUGCCAGAAGCCAGACUACUAUGAGAGUCUGUUGUGCACAGCGAGGGACAAACCUAACCCAGCUUCUAAGCAGAUAGAGCUGGACCUGCUGCGCACACUGCCUAAUAACAAGCACUAUGCCUCACCUUCAGCUGAUGGCAUCCAGAAACUCAGAAACGUUCUGCUGGCAUUCUCCUGGAGGAACCCUGACAUCGGCUACUGUCAGGGACUUAACAGGCUAGCCGCCAUAGCUCUUCUCUAUCUGGAGCAGGAGGAAGCUUUCUGGUGUCUAAUCACCAUUGUGGAAGUUUUCAUGCCACGAGACUAUUACACCAAGACGCUCCUCGGCUCACAGGUGGACCAGCGUGUGUUUAAGGACCUGAUGAGCGAGAAGCUGCCAAGACUUCAUGCACAUUUUGAGCAGUAUAAAGUGGACUUCUCCCUCAUCACCUUUAACUGGUUCUUGGUGGUGUUUGUGGACAGUGUGGUCAGUGACAUCCUCUUCAAAAUAUGGGAUGCUUUUCUCUACGAGGGACCGAAGAUCAUUUUUCGCUUCGCCCUCGCUCUCUUCAAGUGCAAAGAGGAAGAAUUUUUGAAGCUACAGGACCCCAUGGCCAUCUUUAAGUAUCUUCGAUAUUUCACACGAACAAUUCUAGAUGCAAGAAAGCUGAUUAACAUGGCGUUUGUGGAUAUGAACCCAUUCCCAUUAAGACAAAUCCAAAACCGCCGCACUUUUCACCUGGAGAAGGUUCGACUGGAGCUCACCGAGCUGGAAGCCAUUCGCCAGACAUUUUUACGUGAGAGGGAUACCUCCCAAAAUGGACGCACGCUUAUCAGUGACGAUGAAGAGGACAACUGAAUCCCUGCCCCAGACAUCCACACCACGUCCAUCUGUGUGAGACCGUGAUGUAGCUUUGUUCUUUCUUUCUUUCUCUCUCUCUCUCUCUUUCUCUCUCUGUCCAGUUUACACCCCACUUUUUGUUUAUAGAGGUGCAGAGUUUGGGGCAAAUAUUUAUAGUACAGCAAUCUGGAUGGUGGAAUCUCUUUACUUUCUUGCAUUGUGGUAAACCACUUUGUUUACCAGAAUCUUUCCGUCCUGUUCCUUUCCAAACGUUGCCAGUUGGAAAAGAUAUUGUUUUUAUUACAGAUCACCUUAAACAGUCUACAGGUUAAUGAGCGAGAGGUUGUUUACUGGGCAAAAGUUUUACUUCCUAAAGGUUUGAGUUUUCACGUCACACCAAACAUGCAGUUCAGAUGUUAUUACAAUCAAAAAUCUUUCACACUUUUACAGUUGUUUACCUCUCAUAUCAUGUCUUAAAUAAAUAUAUAUAUAUAUAUAUAUAUAUAUAUAUAUAUAUAUAUAUAUAUAUAUAUAUAUAUAUAUAUAUAUAUAUAUAUAUAUAUAUAUAUUAUUCUGUUAUCCAGGUUCUUUCAUUCAUUCAUCUCCACUGUCUUAUAUUCAGGUCUGUGGAUUCAGAUCAUAUCUUGGGAACAUGACACGGGAAUAUAUCCUGGAUAGGAUGUACAUCACAGACCAACACACACACUUAUUUACAACUAGGGGCGGUUUAGAGUAGCCAGGUGAAUGCUUUUGGGAGAUUUAGACCCCAGAGAAAACCUACAGGAACAUGAGGAGAACGUUCGAGCUCAUGAUUGAACCUCAGACCCCAAAUCUGUAAAGUGCCACUUAUUAAUCAUAUUAGGCUUGUUAUAUUCAAUAAUUUCAGGUUUUGAUUGUCAUAUUUUCUUGGUACCUUUAUUGCUGUUUUCAUUUCCUUAUGAAGCACUUAAAUCACUUUAAAUGAUGGAUACUCAACCAGUUCCCUAAACUGGGAAGCUGAACCUGAGAAGUAGCCAUUUCUUGUGUGUGUGUGUGCAUGCAUGAAGUAUCAGCAAAAGCUCAGUGAAAAUUCUUGUGAUGACACUUAGCUGCUGGAAAGCUUGGACAAUGCAUAUCAUCUUGUCUGUCAGAGCCAGGCUGCUUGAGUUAUUUUCUGCUUGAGUCACAUUUCUUUGUAAGCAAUCAGCUGGGUUUGGAGCAGUGUGAAUGUUCAGGAUUCAGCCAUAAAUCCAGUGCUGUUUGUAAUAAUUGGCAGUUUGUGGCCUUGAACUUUAACACAGCAUUGUGAAUGCAAGUUAAUGGAACUGAAAAUAAUUUCCCAUGUAUUGGUAAAAGUUCUGGACAUGACAUACUCUGCAUUUUGGUACUGAUUGAAUGGUAUGAGGUGUACCACCUUUUCUUCCACAGGGAACAGUAUUUAGUUGUUUUUAAAUAAUGAUUAUAACAAUCUUUUAUUAUGUGAAACUUUUGAUACCCAUUCCUUACACACAUUGCCUGUUUUUAGCGUUUAAAUGCAUGUAAAAAUGUCAGGUGCCUUUGUGAUGGCCGCUUGAUCGAAUUGCCCCUUUAUAAUGCCGGCUUUGUUUUUCAUACAUGUUGUUAUUUGCUUCUUGUUGUUGUUGUUGUUGUUGUUGUUUUUUUU